GGGCAGCAGGCAGCGAGAGCGCAGCUCGGCAGCAGAAGACGCCGGACGUGGGCGCGGCGCCCGCAGCGUAAAUACACUGGUUUAUUAUGAUCGACGACAAAGUGUUGUGAACUCUAGCACAAUGAGUUCAACUUCUCUGCAAACGGCUGCAGAGGAGUAUUUCCAUUCGCUCAACUCGAUUGCCGAGCGCAUUUCGGCAGAUGUGGCGUCAACCAAAGAUGCAUAUGAAGAGCUGUGGAAUACUCUCAGUGCUGAAGAACAGAGACAGGUUAUAGACGAAACGAUAAUCUAUCCCGAAGCCGUACUCAAGUAUGCUUUCGAAGACUCACUGGAGAAACCCGAGUUCUCGCCCCGACUGAACAUUCAGACCGGUGGCAAGUACAUUAUUGAUGACGAAGGUAGCAAAGGAUCUGGAUUGACGUGGAGAGACGAGCAUUCAGCUCCAUUUUCAUGGCUCACUCAAAGCCAGUUGAAUUUGACCUUGUCAGGCGACAAAGUGACUUUUUUUAACUCUUUGUCUCCGCCUCAAGUAAAACCAAGACUGCCCCCAUUUAGAAGCCCUCAUACUCAACCAAAAUCUGAAUCUACUUUAAAAUCAAACACUAAGGAAGCUGAGAGUGAGACUGAAACUACUAACAAUACUAGUGGGAAUGGUGAGCCAUUCAUUGACCACCCCAGAGUUGUCCUUGGAGGGUCGGCUGGAAACACAGCCAAACUGGCUUCAGUGAUUGGUGCCAAACUGAAGUUUCCUGCCAAAGUAAAUGGAGCUCAAACAACAAACGGAACUGGAAACAAUGUUCCCCAGAAUGUUGAAGAUACUCCAAGUUCCGGCCUUCUCAGUAAGCUUAAGAACAAAACAGCCAUUCUUAAAAUUCCAAAUUCAUUGAAAAAUGUGGCCAAUGGUAAAAGUUCUACUGAAAAUGCCUCUCGAAGCAAAAGUGUGGAAUCUGACCGGGAAAACUUAGUUCAGGGCAAAAAUAUGAUCAAUAUUCUGCCUGCCAAGCACAACAAGGCAAUGGCUCCAAAGCCCCCUGUUUCUAAACCCAAGACACCACCACCACCUCCUCCACCUCUUUCAAAGCGCAAGUCCUCUUGUGAAGGAAUGGCCACCAUGGACCCAGAACGUAUGGCACUGCUUGGCGACAGCUGGAGCUCAGAACUUUCUGCUGCGCAGUCUUCCAAGUCAGCAACCAUGAAAUCAGCUGCUGAGUCUCUUGCUAUGACCACCACCGACUCGGCAUCAGACAUGGAAACAGCUUCAACAUCAGUUCGCAGUCCAUCAGUGACAUCACCACCUCGUGAAACGGCCCCAGAUUUCAUGGAGCCUAUUGCUGGAGCUGACAACAUCCCCAAAACAGGCUUCGAGUUUUUGGACAAUUGGUAAAAUCUAUUCAAUGGCAAUGGAUUGUCUGCUUACUAUUGAAGCAUACAGAUGCCCGGCCCAGUAGUUUCAGAAUGUAUUGUAUCAGCUCUAGUACUAUACGCAGGGUUUCUCUCUCCCUUCAAAUUACAGAAUUUGAUUCAUUGAAGGUAAUUCUGGUCCUUUAUGCAUUAAUUGUGAUAAUUUCUUUUGUUUCUUAAUGUCCAAAGCUGGCUAAGCUUGCUCGUUAAAGGUGCUUCCGGGUAGCCUUUUUCUUAAACUCAUUUUUCAGUUUAAUUUAUUAUUGAAAUGUUAAUUGAGAAGUGGUAUUCAAAGCCUCAUUAAUUCGUAGUCAUACUCUUAUUUUUAACAUUGAUGUGUCCAAACAGAGCUUGCAUUGCAUGAGUUAUUUAUUUAUUUUAGCUUUUAUUUCAAAUGCUCAUCAUUUCCUCAAUAAAUUAUAAAAGACUCCCAUGAAACCUUAUGUAUACUCCAGACAUGGCUUAACCAUGGUAUUCUUGAGGUGGACUAGCACUUCUGUUGAGGGUCAAACCUUAGGUUUGACCUUGGGUUUUAUGAAGUGACACUGUUGGGAUCUUAAUACCAUAGUUAAGUGCAUUUUAGGUCCCAUGUCUCUCAUUUGUGGUUUAUUAUUUUUGAUGAUACCAUUUAUGAAUAAUUUAUUUUGUAAAAUAUUGAACGCUUGAGUUCUGAACUAUUUACAAGUUCCUUUUAGCAUUUUUUUAAAAAUAAAAGAAUGAUGAAUGUAUGACUGACAGUAGUUGUGCUGUUUGGAGCUUGUAUUCUGGCCACGGCCACACCUAUUGAAGUUGUGUUGUCAAUCUCCCUCAUUUCUUCCUUCCUUUUUAUAUGAGUAUUUUGACUGAGAGAAACUGGAGGUGCAAGAUUUUGGGUCAAUUUUAUGUAAGAUUUGUGCUAUAGAUGCAUCAUAUGCUGUUGUGUAUGUAUAUUAUGCUUAUUUAAUGUCAAAAUAAUCCUUUUAAAGACAAGUUUUUAUAUCAUCCACAUUUAUUAUUAAUCAUGAAUACAUUUUCUGUGAUGACAUAACUGUAUUGCAUAUGUGCAGAUUCUAUGCUUCCUGCUAACCUUCCUAUUCUCUAAUAAGGUUUCUCUUACAAAUUUUACAUUUUUGAAUGCUGGCAAUCUGUUGAAUUCCACAUGUUGUUUAGGCCAGGCAUCAUUGAAGCUGAGCAGAGCAUCAAAAGGCAGCAAAGAAAUUUAGAUGUACUCUGAAAUGGGGUUUAUAUCUCUUCAAUAAGAAUUGUUUUUCUGUUAAUGUCAUUGGAGCUUAGCAUGUAAGUGUACACAAAGAUUUUCAGAAUCAAAGAGUUUGUAAUUGUAAUCAGACUGCGCUUGUGACCACUGUAGAUCAAAUUGUUGGCCCUCCUAGGAAACAUUAGUUAUAAAAUAUACGUAGUCAUUGAAUGGAGAUUACAUAUCAUGUCAAAAUGUUCAUAAAGCCAUUGUGUAUUAAUAUCUUAAUAGUUUUAAUAAAAUUUCUAAAAAUAACCCAGUA